AUGUCUCAACAAGCAUUCAACGCUGGCCAGUCCAAAGGCCAAGCUCAUGAGAAAGCUGAGCAGUGGACUGAAUCUGCCAAGCAGACGGCGCAAUCAGCAUGUGACAAAACCGCAGAUAUGGCACAAUCGGCACGCGACAAGGCAGCCGAUGUCACACAGUCGGCACGUGACAAGUCCGCAGAUGGAUCCCAUUCCACUAAACAAUCCGCCCAACAAAACAAAGAACCAGCUGCUGGUUUUCUCGGCCAGACCGGUGAAAACGUGAAGAACAUGGCACAGGGUGCUUUAGACGGUGUGAAGAACAGUCUUGGCAUCAACGAGAAGAAAUGA